AUGCCUUCAAGAUGGCAGCGUCUUCAUUUAUCCCAGAAGGGAUUACCUCCUUUGCUCUUCCAGUAUACCUGGUCCCGACAAGGCUAUGAAAUCCACAUAACAGAUCUCACCUAUAUCUGGUCAGAGCGUCUGCCCCGUAAAGCUAUCGCCAAGAGAGCAGAGGAAGAUGCCACAACGAUCGAUCCUGGGGAGGACCCAGAACAGCUCGAUGUGCUCCUGGAGAAAAUCGGAGAAGCUCUACAAAAGGGCAAUGAAAGCGCAAUCCUAAGCAGUGGAACGCAAACCGACUCCCUUGAAAUCACCAUAACAGCCACGCUGCCCUCCCCCGCUGAAGCCUCUUAA